GCAAAUCUUAGAUUCCAAAAUCUCCAUUGCAUUGCUCUUUCCUCAACCAAAUCAUCAUCUGUUUAUGGUUUGUGGAGGGUAUAAAGAGAAGAAGCAAUGGCCUACAAGGUGGAUCAUGAGUAUGAUUACCUAUUCAAGAUAGUCUUGAUUGGGGACUCGGGUGUUGGAAAGUCUAAUAUACUUUCCAGGUUUACACGCAACGAGUUCUGCUUAGAGUCGAAAUCUACCAUUGGAGUUGAAUUUGCCACAAGGACUCUUCAGGUAGAGGGCAAGACAGUGAAGGCCCAAAUAUGGGACACAGCAGGUCAAGAGAGGUAUCGAGCCAUCACAAGUGCAUACUAUAGAGGUGCAGUGGGAGCCCUCCUGGUCUAUGACAUAACCAAGAGGCAGACCUUCGAAAAUGUCCAGAGGUGGCUCCGCGAACUGAGGGACCAUGCUGAUUCCAACAUCGUCAUCAUGAUGGCUGGAAACAAGUCUGACCUGAACCACCUCCGAGCAGUCUCAGACCAAGACGCCCAGCUCCUGGCCGAGAAGGAAGGCCUUUCGUUCCUGGAGACCUCAGCCCUGGAGGCACCCAACAUUGAGAAGGCGUUCCAAACAAUCUUAUUGGACAUUUAUCAGAUAAUCAGCAGGAAGGCACUGGCAGCUCAGGAGGCAGCCACCGGGCUUCCAGGUCAGGGCACGACCAUUAAUGUCGGAGACUAUACGAGUAAUUUGAGCAGGAGAACUUGUUGUUCUAAUUAACAAGAAUAAGUCUACAAACACAGAAACUGGUCGCAAAACUGGACACAAUGGUCAGUUUCUGUUUAAUAUCAGGGAGGGGACAUAUGAGAUGAAGUUUUUGUUCAAUCAUGACAGCUUAUAUGAUACAAUGUGACAUGAAUUUUUCUCUAGAGGUCAUGUUAGACAACAUCUAGUUCAUGAACACCAUUGUUGAGUUGCACGCAUGACAAUGCUAGCUAUCUCCCUCCUUGGAACUUCAAAAAAAAAAAAAGGUUGGGCUGCAAAGUUGGUGUCUCGUCACAGACAAAGGGAUAGACAACUGUUCAGUUCUUAUUAACAUGUAAUCUUUUGUUUGUUUGUUUUUUUUUUUUUCUGUUUUUGUUGCCUAUUGGCAUGGUUUUGUAGCAUUAAGUUCACAUCUAAUGCAUUCCAUGAUUGAAAAAGAUUAUAACUAUCCUACGAUCCGCAAACUCCUUUCUAUCACUUGUGCCAAAAAGGCCAAAAGA